AUGGCCUGCAGAGCUGACACCGAGCUGAAACUUCUAAGCUUUAAAUCUACAGUUCCCUUAGAGCAAAUAAACAAACUGGACGAGGAUGUAUCUGAUUUACUCAUGCAAGACUCUGAUGCCAUGCUACAGGUAGAAGGAGAGUCUUUUUGUGUCAACCGUCAACAGCUUGCUCUCCAGAGUGCUUACUUCAGGGCUCUGUUCUUUGGCUGCGGUGUAGAGAGCACCAAAAGGCACAUUGAGCUCAAAGGUGUGGGCCUGCAGCAUUUCAGGACCCUGAUGGACUACAGCAAGACAUCCAGUCUAGCUUUGGACAGAGAAAAUGUUCUGGGGAUCCUUGAGACUGCAGACUUCCUCCAAUUAGAGCAAGCCAGGCUGCUGUGCUGCAAGUUUCUUGAGCGUGAGCUGCACCUCAGCAACUGUUUGGGAAUGAUGGUGUAUGCCUGGCAGCUGGGUUGCACGCAGCUCUACACUGCAGCACGACAGGUAGUGCUCACACACUUUUCUGCUGCUGUUGCUGAAGAGGACUUCUUGUUCCUGUCUAAGGAGACAUUGGCACAUCUUCUGGCCAGUGAUGACCUGGCCAUCCAUAAAGACGACCUGGCCCUUGAGGCGAUACUACGCUGGGUGUCAUUUGAUCAUAGUCGAGAGGAACACUUUCUGGAGCUCAUUGAGCUGGUGAGGCCUGAGUCACUCUCUUUACCAUUUAUCACUGAUCUUUUGAUCAGAAUGAAAAGCUCUGACCCCCGAGCCAAGCUCAUCUGCAAGUUGAAUGAACAUUGUCCAGCUUCUUGGUCAGUAGGUAGGUCAAUACAGAGGGCCAGAGAGAGCCUCUUUGUCCUGGGUGGACCUCAUGAUCAAGAGCAACAGGCACUGUACCAGUUUCAUCCACUCAGUGGUAGAUGGCAGAGCCAUCCACCUCUGCAGAGGAAGAACCUCACACAGUACUCUGUAGCUGCAGUAGGAGACUGUGUGGUUGUGUCAGGUGGCUACUUCCGUGAUGUGUUGUGGUUCAGUGUUGACUGGGUCAGGAUGUACGAAUGUGGGAACCAGCGGUGGGUGGAGGGACCAGCCCUGCAGAAGUCCAGGCACAGCCACUGUUCCAUAGGAAUGGAUUCAGUACUGUAUGUCCUGGGGGGCAGUAUGGAUGAAGGGCUUGUGGCUGAUGUAGAAAGGCUGGUCCUGGGGUCAGAGGAGGGUUGGGAGGGGGUCAGCCCCAUGGUUAGGGCUGUGGAGAGGGCAGCCAUUGCCACUCUGAAGUCAUGUAUCUAUGUAGCGUGCGGCCUGGAUGAAAAUGGGGAGGUGUAUGGUGGAAUUCAGAGGUAUACAGCAGAGGAGGAUCAGUGGGAUGUGGUAUCUUAUUCUCCAUUUCCACGAUAUGACUUGGUUUCCACUGAGCUCAAUGGUGCCCUCUACCUGUUUGGAGACCAAGCCUUGCGUUUUGAUGUGGAGACAGAUGAGUGGACAGUGCUCGAGGAGGAAUGUCUCAAGAGAAAAUUCUUCUGUGGCUGCACCACUGUGAGCGGACAGAUAUACCUGGUCAGUGAGAAAAAGAGUAACAAAGCAUUCCCGAACAUGGUGUUGCUGGACCCUUACAUAGACACUUGCAUUGAGGUGGAUGAUGUCAUACCCUGUCCUGUGCCCCUCAGAGGGUGUGUGACCAUGAGGAUCGCACAUGAUGGUGUGUAAUGUAUGUAAUAGAAUGAAAUGUAAUGAACAAGCAUUGUCAUUCUGCUGCUAAAGA